AUGGCCCCCGGUGGCGAGGGUAAGCCAAAUACGGGCGGCGGCGGCGUCGGCGGUGGCGCCAAGGGUGGUGGGAGGAAGCGCAAGUUCCUUCCCCACGGCAAGCCGGUGCGGAAGGGGGCCUACCCGCUGCGGCCCGGCGUGCAGGGCUUCUUCAUCACCUGCGACGGCGGCCGCGAGCGCCAGGCCACCCGCGAGGCGCUCUCCCUCCUUGACUCCUUCUACGAAGACCUGGUUGAUGGGAAAGGAUCGGAUGAGAAGCCUAAAAACAUUCCAGACAAGCCACUGAACAAAAAGAUAAAGUUUGAGGACUCUGAUUCUUCAGAUGAUGAGGAUGAAGGCCACUCUGGUGAGGAAGCCGACAAUGGGAUUGGGAAUGAUGUGGAGAAAGGUGAAACCGCUCCAUCUGAGAAGCAACAGGAGGUGCUUGAUACCUCUGAUACCGCGAGCAAGGACAAUACCACUCCAUCUGAGAAGCAACAGGAGGUACUUGAUACCUCUACCGCGAGCAAGGACAAUGAGGAACAAGCAGUCACUGCUGAUGAACCUAAAGAAAAGAAGCAACGUGUGGAAGAUCCUCCAGUUUCUGAGCAGACCGUGCAAAAAGAAACUGCUGAUGAACUAAAGGAGUCCACUGAUAAACCAAAAGAGUCUAGUGAAAAAAAUAUUGAUGAUUUAAUUGACGAGGACCUGAAAGAAAUAGGGGACAGGAAAAAGAGGCUCUUUGCAAGCCUUGAGUCUGGCUGCAAUGGAUGCAUAUUCAUUCAAAUGCAUAAAAGAGCAGGAGACCCUGGUCCAGUUGAGAUUGUACAAAACAUGAUGUCAUCUGCUGCUUCGACUCGUAAACAUAUGUCAAGAUUUAUUCUGCGAGUUUUGCCUGCUGAGGUGGCAUGCUAUGCAUCCAAAGAGGAAAUAACAAAGGCAAUUAGUCCCCUUGUUGAAAAAUACUUCCCAAAAGAAUGCCCUUCAAGCCAUAAGUUUGCAGUGUUAUAUGAAGCAAGGUCAAACACAGGAAUUGAUAGAAUGAAAAUCAUAAAUGCAGUAGCGAAAUCUGUACCACAACCUCAUAAAGUUGACCUGAGCAACCCAGACAAGACUAUUGUUGUCCAGAUUGCAAAGCACGGAGCCCUUGCGCUGCUGGGCCUGGGUGUGACCGGGCAUGUCAUGCUCCAGGAGCUGGCGCCGGUGCAGGGCUGCAGGUUCGUAUGA